UUUGUUUCUGAACGACCUAAAAAGCGUUUUAGACUUUAUGGGGUGUUUUCCCGAUUGAAGGGAUGAAAGGGCCCCUCGCAAUCUGGAAUAGUGGCGAUUAUCAAGCCAUUCCUUUUAACACUCCUGAAUGGCCGGGGAGAAAAUCGAGCUCCUUGUUAAAAAUCUUCAAAAUAAAUGUUCCAUCCAAACGGACCUAAAACUGACUAAUCUCUCUCUCCGCCACUGGGAUGCUCUCUCUACGGAAACAAGCAAUUGGGGGAAAUCUCUCUCUCUAACGCGAAAAACGUCAGGGUUUGUGAAUUAUGGAAAGUGAAACAGCAGUGCCAAAAAGGAUUGAGUGGAAGCCAUAUUGGGAUGAGUUCUUUGUGCGCCUCUUGGUUGACCAAGUAACAAAAGGUAAAAAAGGAGAGAAAGGAUUCAGUAAAGAAUCUUGGCGUUAUAUGACCAAUGAAUUCAACAAGAGAUUCAACCAAAACCUGAACAAAGACCAGUUAAAGCAUCGUUAUGGGUACUACAAGAGAGAGUACAAACUUGUGAAGAUGAUCCUUGAUCAGAGUGGAUUUAGUUGGGAUGAGACUAGGAAGAUUGUGGCUGCCGAUGCUGAUGCUUGGAAUCAGUGCAUCUCGGAGCACCCUGAGGCUAAACCAUAUCAAAAAAAGAGCUUGCCUCUAUACGAGCCAUUGGGGGUAAUUUUUGGCGAUUCACCUGUAGAUGGUGUGAGUAUGCUGGCAUUGGCGCUACCUUCUCCAACUACAGUUGCUGAUUCCCCCGAUGUUUUGCAUGAGGAAUCAUUUGGUUCAAGAGAUGAAGAGAAUGCACCAAUUCAAAGUAAAAAACGUCAAUCUGUGACAUCAUUAACAUUAGGCCACUCUAAAAGAGUGAGAAAGGGUGUUGGUGAUGUUAUAGCAGAAGCCUUGCAAAAUAUGGUGGCCUGUGCGAGGUAUAGAGCAAGUAUGAGUACGAGAAAUGGAGCUAAGCCUGAUAUGAUGAAAGACAUAGCGAGUGCAGGAAAUGAGAGCAGGCAUGAUAUAAUGAAAGACAUCGUGGAAGAGCUAGAGGCAAUGGAGGACUUGGAUGAUGACCUCUUUUUGGAAGCUUGUGAAAAGUUGAAGGAUGAGAAAAAUGCUUCUAUAUUUAUGACACUCAAGGGUGAACGACGUAUGAAGUGGGUUAAAAAAAUAUGCGGCGCACAGUAGCAUAGCUUUUUUUUAAAAUGGUGCUCACUCCUCAUGGCCAUUUGUGUGUGUGUGUGUAGGUUAGCUGAAUUUAAACCCAGAGCUCCAAAGGUGGCGUAACAAGAACGUUGAUGAUCUUAUAUUAUCUUGACAGUGGCCUUCUUUGAGCUUGUACAAUACCUUGAUGGGUGCCCUUCUAGAGCUUAUGUUAGUUUCAACUUUUUUGUAUGCAUUAUUUUACAACAAUUGAAACAAGUUAUCUUGAUGAUUUGUUUGAAUUUGGGGCUUUGGUUAUACUACUGUCGUGAUUGAUUGAAUACC